AAUGAAACGGAUGCUGGGCGGAUUACACUUGGCCACGCCCACUUAGACCAGUUUUACCUUACAAUCAUGGCGGCGCAGACGGAGCGAGGAAUACCUAUAAGCGCAGUUAGUCCACGUUAUCUGCAUACAAACUCUACAAGCCACACUGGGCCCUUCAGCGCUAUAGCAGAGCUGAUUGACAAUGCUUAUGACCCAGAUGUCAGUGCAAAGCAAAUCUGGAUAGAUAAAACAGUGUUCAAAGGCCAGGAUUGCCUCAUCUUCAUGGAUAAUGGAAAAGGCAUGGAUUAUGACAAGAUGCACAAAAUGCUCAGUUUUGGCUUCAGUGAUAAGCAAGCGGUAAAAGGCCAUGUUCCAGUUGGUCUUUAUGGUAACGGGUUUAAGUCCGGCUCCAUGCGCUUGGGCAAGGAUGCCAUUGUGUUCUCAAAGAAAGACAACAUCAUGUGUGUGGGUCUUCUGUCACAGACUUACCUCGAGAGGACAGGAGCACAGAAUGUCAUAGUGCCUAUUGUCGCAUUCACAACCACUGGAGAGACUGUCGGUGGUCCACGGAAGUAUGAAGAGUGUCUCCAUGAUAUUCUCACCCAUUCUUUGUUUAACACUAAGGAAGAACUGCAAACUGAGUUCAAUGCCAUUAAUGGCCCAUGCAGCACCAACUCCACUGGAACUCGCAUCAUCAUCUGGAACCUUCGCAAAAUGUCCUCUGGUGAAUUGGAAUUUGACUUCUUGACGGAUCGCUAUGAUAUUCGGCUCCCUGUUGAUGUUAAUGAAGGCAGCAAAGAGCCAAACAAGGGGCCAGAGAGCCAGAUAUCACCACCUGAGAGUGAAUAUUCACUGCGGGCAUACAGCAGUAUCUUGUACCUAAAGCCUAGAAUGCAGAUUAUUAUACGUGGACAGAAGGUGAAAUCUCAGCUCAUCUCCAAAAGCCUAGCAUUUAGCAUUAAGGACACGUACAAACCCACAUUUCUUAAAAAGGGAAUUAAAAUCACCUUCGGCUACAACACAAAAAGCAAAGAACAUUAUGGAUUGAUGAUGUACCACAAAAACCGCCUCAUCAAAGCCUAUGAACCUGCUGCCUGUCAGCGUAAGGCCAACAAAACAGGAGUGCGAGUUAUUGGGGUAAUAGAAUGUGACUACCUCAUACCAAUGCACAACAAGCAGGACUUUGAGAAGACAGAAGAAUAUAGGAAAACUAUACAAAAUGUAAGUACUAAGCUUGAGGAAUAUUGGAAGGAAGUCCGCUAUAGACGUCAGAAAUCCAAUUGCAGUGUACCUGUUGAAGAUGAUGUGAAGAAACCAGAUCAAAACUGGGUGCAGUGUGAUGAUUGUAGGAAUUUUCGAAAACUUCCUGAUGGCAUUGAUUUGUCUCAGCUUCCUGCUCAGUGGUUCUGCUACAUGAACCCUGAUCCCCAGUUCAGGAGUUGUACAGUUGAAGAGGAGCUAGAGGAUUCGGAUGUUGAACAACCCAGAAACCAGAAAACUUACAAACAGGAUGAGAAAAAUCAGAAGUUGCAGAAGGAGAAGAACAUACAGCAGAGCCCUGUCCAAGGAACACCUUACUCCCCCCUCAACUCCCGUCCCCAGAGACAUGAAGGCUUCGGGUCUCUUCAAGUUCCCACUCCCUCACCUAUUUCAACAAGGAAGAAGAGACCCAUGGGGCCAAGCAGAGAGAAUGGUGGAAUAAAGAGAGCCAGAACAGGAGACAUUUUUGGAAGCAACUCACCAAGCAGGCUAUCAACAUCCACAGCCUCACCUGAGUUCUUUUCCCCACCAAUCCUAGACAAUCCUGUUGUUGUUCGCGAUCAAGUAACACGUCAAUAUAAUGAAACAACUUUGCCCACUGUAUCCUUUAGGGAUACCAGCAUUUCAACCCAGACUCAACAGGUAAAGGAGGAAGAGGGGGAUACAGAAAGGAUGGGAAAAGAAAAUGGGAGCAAAAAUGGAGAAAAUGUUAUGAAUGUUAUGAAUAAAAAAGAUCUCCCUGCACUGGUGAGGAAUACAAACAAACAACUGAUAAAUGAGGAAAUAAGAGUCCAACAGAAGAGUGUACCAAGCUCAAAACUAUCUCCAAGUACAGUUGAGACAGAAGAAGAACCAAACCAUAUGGAGGUCUCAGAUGAUAUAAGGCAAAGAAGUCAGACUUCAUCAAAACUGGAAAACUCAGUUCUUGAUGUGUUGGAGGCCCAGAAGCAGCAAGACAACCUGCUGGAACUCCUGGAGGAGGUGACAAAGGAGAGAGAUGAGAGCCGCGAUCAGUUGCUUGUCCUCAACUCACAAGUGGAUGAGCUGAGGAUCCAGUUGCUGGAGCUCAACCAAAGCAUGGUGAAGAAGGAACAACGCCACAAUUACACACAGACCAGCCAAGAGGAGGCACAAGACUACAAAGUGCUGUACUUGAAGGGCAAGGAGGAGAUGAAGCUGCUCCAAGAAGAGCUUAGUGUGCUGAAGAUGGAAAAAGAAGAGAGGGAGAGAAAAGGCCAGCAAUCUAUGUUAGAGUGUGAUGAUGAUCUGGCUUGUCAAAUGGACAUUCUGUUAAGGGAAAUUGACCAGAGAAACAAGGAGCGAGAAGAGCUACAGGUUAAGAUGAAGAGUCUAGAAAAUGAGAACUGCUCUUUGUCAACCUCCUGUGAGAGCCUGAAGAAAGAUUUAGAGGAGAUGAAGAGAGAAAGUGAAAAGGUCAAGGUACGUACAGAAGAUCGAGUUGUCCAGACAGAUUUUCCUACAUGUUCCCAUGAAGAAAGUACAACAAAUUCAGCAGAAGCCUCCAACUCAGGAAGAAGGACAGACCUUGGUAUACAGCAGCAUGAGGCACAGGACAGACCAGAGACUGGACAAGACAACAAUAACCUACAGACAGACAAACUCAAAUUAAGAGAACUCAGGCAAACAAUGGCCCGUCUGCUGGUCACUCUCGCCCCUGAUCUGGACCUUCGGCAUGUGAAUUACGACUGUGAUGCCAUCGAUGAGAUUCUCGUUCAGGUUGUAAAUGAGAUCUCCCCUACAGAGACAGCCACUACAUAGAAAAAAUGGUGACCAGAAGAGCACAAACCUUUAAGUCACAUUAAUCAUUUAGUAGUUUUAAUGCAUAAAUAACUAUAUACACUGUUGUUUUUUUUAACAUUUUAAAAUGUACCUAUACAAAACAUGAAGAUUUUUAUUGCUUGCCUUAUGUUUGAUUAAGUGGACAGGGAGCUAUUGCAACUUGUACUGCCUGAGGAAUGUUUAAACACAAGUUUACCAUUAAUAACAUAUAAUUAUGUUUCUAUAAUUCAUUCCUGUGUCUAUACAAACAAAUGAUCUUAUAAGUGUUUUCUUAAAGAUUUUUUUUUUUUGUAAUGCCUAAUUUUUUCAUUGUUUCAUUUUAUAUAUGUAUAUAUAUAUAUAUAUAUAUAUAUAUAUAUUAUCCUCCUGGUCUGUUUUUGUAACUGUCUAUUCAUAAAUGAGGGCUUGGUACACAUGAACUGUUUAAAUAAAACAAAACGAAACUUAA